UCUGCCUGCGUCUUCGUGCCUCCCCGAGUCUCGGGCAGCAGUAUUUCCGGAGGCGAAAAGGUGCUGUUCAGCUCCACAAUUUCCUCCCAAUGGUGAAAAGGAAAGUACAAGCCCUCCGCCUCCACCCUGAGAAGGCUUCAGGGUGGCCUGGGCUUCGCUAAUAAAAGCGGAAAGUGUAAAUGGCUUGGUGAUUACUGGCUUUCGCCCUUGGACGGAGAAAUGAGAUCACGAUUUUCACGGACAGGAACCGCCGCCGCCGCCGCCGCCGCCGCGGAGGCCGCUGCGUCCCCUCCCAGCGCGGGUCGCGCAUUACAUCACCGCAAAAAACAAAACCCAAAGCUGCCGGCAGAGCUGCCUUGAGAGGACCCAGGGGGACGGCACAGAAGCUCCCGAGGCUGGAGGACUCCAGGCGCCCGCAUCUGGUGGGAGUGAGCCAAGCGGUCGCCGGUGCGCACCCGCCGGGCUCAGCCAGCGGUGCCUCCCCCGCCAGGAUACAGCAGCCGGAGGGGGGAAGCGGAAGCGCCUCCUCCCCGCCCCGAGCCCGACCGGCGGCGGAGGGGGAGGAAGGCGCCUCACCUUGCCCCCGAUGAAGGGCGGAUCAUGCCAUGGCAGCGCCGGCGAGCGACAGCGGCAGUGGCGGCGGCGGCGGCGAGCAAAGCCCAACCAGCAGCCCCGGGAGCUCGACAGGAGCCGGGGGCUCUGCGGCAGGAGCCCGGGACAAGGGGGACUCGGGAGGCCGAAGCGCAGUGGUGACAGUCCCCGGUCUCCCUCCGUUCGAGGACUACGAGUGCAAAAUCUGCUACAACUACUUCGACGCGGACCGGCGCGCUCCCAAGCUUUUGGCGUGCCUGCACACCUUCUGCCAGGAGUGCCUGAGCCAGCUGCAGCUCCGCGCCGCUGCCGCCGCCGCCGCCGCCGCUACUGCGCCUGAGCGCCCAGCGCCCUGGCACAGCCCUCCCGGCGCCAUCGCGUGUCCAGUGUGCCGCCACCGCACGCCGCUGCCCGACAGCCGCGUGCACGGCCUGCCCAACAACACCAAGCUCGCGGAGGCCUACCCGCUGGCCCUGCGCGCCGCGCACGACCCGCUGCCCCCGGACCGCCUCCCACCGUUGCCGGCUCGCCGCCCAGCGCCCUCUCCGGCCCCGCCGCCCGCGCCGGCCGCGGCGCCUCCGCCGCCGCCCGGGGAGGAAGCCGCCCGCGGGCCACGCGCCCGCGCCGCCCUGCGCGCCCCGGGCGCCUACGAGAGCUGCCACAACUGCAAGCGCGCAGCGCUCACCGCCGGCUGCGUGUGCGUCGUCUUCUCCUUCCUUUCCAUGGUGGUGCUGCUCUUCACCGGCCUCAUCUUCGUCAACCACUACGGCGGCGGCGGCGGCGGUGGGGCAUCCCCCGGCGGCGGGGCGCCCCCUGGCGCGGCUACCGGGUCGCCCUCACCCGUGGGGCCCAUCUGCCUGUCAGUGGCCAGCAUUCUGGCACUCUUCUCGGUUGUCGUCACUUGGCUCAUCUGCUGGCUCAAGUACCGACCCGAGGGCGCGGCCGCGGGCUCCGCUGGGGGCGGUGGCGGCGGCCGGAGGACGCGGGCGGCAGGUGGAGCGCGGAGGAGCGACACGUAGUCAGGGCACACGACCUGUCUCCAGCACGCGUGCACCCUCAGCCUUGCGGGACUCGAGAGGAGGGGGCCUCUGGCUCGGUGCACUCGAGUUUUUCCGCCCUCUCCCUUCGGCCCCCUGGCGCGCACCCCCUAGUCGUUCUGCCACAACGGGGCCUUGGUUUCCCGCCUCUCCGGCUUUCCACGCCCCGCCUCCUCCGCCCUGGGCUAGAGAGAGAAAUCGAGGAGGCGGAGAUGCUACUGGGGAGUCCAUCUCCCCGACAGUACAGUAUCAACCUCUGCUUCGCGCACCACCCUCAUCGUCGCCAGAGUGCGCAGCCAUCCCUCCCAGAGUCCGAGUAUUUGCAAAGGGAGCUGGAGAGGGGAGUGGGACGCCAGCCGCUCCGCCUGAACUCUGGUUUUCUGCCUGCCGUGACUUUAGAGUUUAAGGGUGCAGGUACGCGCGCGCAGAGAGCUAGCUGCAGCAGUCGUGAAUGCACUUGCAUUGUCAGAAGCAUGAAUGAGAUGUAAACGGGAGGAAAAGGUCUCCCUGCUUUCUGGCGGCCCGGGAAAGUGAGUAAGCUGAGCGCUGAGAGCCGUGUCCACUCGGCACUGGCUCCGCACUGGCUCCGCACCGGCGGGAACCGGGCCGCUGGGCGCAGCCUCGUCCAGUAACUGCGCGAGAUCCGGCAGGUGCGCAGCGCCCGUGCGCUCUCCGGUUUGCGGGCUGUGGCAGCAGAGCAGAGGGGGCGGGGCGCACCAGGCGGUGGAUCUUGCUACCCACCAUCCCGCAGAGCCCCCAAAGUCCUGGAAACUGGGCUCCUGGGAACUUACGGUUGUUUAAUUCACGGCACUACCACCAGGGAGUCAUUUCCUCCUCUGUAACUGGACUCAGGGAGCUUCAAGAGCUUGUUCUCCCAUCUUCUCUCAAAACUGACUUACUGUUGCCCCCGCCUGGAAGGUACUGAGAGCUAUUCUCGAAGAAUGGAAACUGCGGGUUUCCUCGCCUCUUUUCUUUAUUUCAUUUUUUACAAUAAUUUAUUUAAGAAUAUGUAAAUCUGGAAAUUUUGUGCGUUAAAAUUUCCAGAAAAGAUGUUUGAUAAGCAGUAACAUUCCUUCCGUACCUCCAGUCCAAGUACAUUUCGAAAUUAGCAGAAAUAAAAGCGUGUUGGUAACUAAUUCAAGAUUUUGUACUGUGAAACUACUAAUGACUUUCAACUACUUGAUAAAAUAUACAAUAGUGCCCAAAGACUAAACUGACAAGUUUCCUUCCUUUGAUUACAAAUAUAUAUAUAAUACUUAUCAGAAAAAUAUUAUUUUGAAUUUAGCUAUUUGAUAUUGGAAAUCACUAUGUUCGGAUCCAGUCACAUUAAAUGAAAAAGAAUACAUAUUCUGAUUUUGUAACCAAAAAAAAAAAGAAUUGCAAUGUGUGUUAUAGGUGGUUUUGAUGCCUUUUUAGAGAAACCAAAAACUCCACCUGUUGCAAAUGUAUUUUAUAUGAAAACAUUCUUUAUUCCAACUUUUGAAAUUUGGAAUAAGACAACGUUUUCAUACCUAAACAUUGCAGAAGCUACUGAAAGUGUGCUGUUAUUCCUCCUGUAUUUACGCCAGCUGUCUGCAUGAUAUCACGACACUAUUCUAGUCUCUAAACUUGAAUGAGCAUUUGUGUCUGUCAUAGAGAGCAGUCAUUUACUGGCCAUUGAUAAGUGGUAUGACUCCAAUUCAGGAGUUGCAAUAUGAUGUGUUUUAGGUCUGUGUUGUCUUAAUUAAAAAUGAGAAGCAUUUAUAGAAAAAAAAACCCCUAUUUUCCUGAAAUUUAUUUCAUGGGGAAAUUGUUCCAAGUUAUUUGUGGGGUCUUUAUCUUCCUGAAGUACACUUUUCCAUCCAAAUCCUAAUUUCACAUUCUAAAUGGGGCUGGUAUCACACAUGAGAAUGUACAAUGCUAGGGUGGGCAUUUCAUGGAAUUGUUUCUAGUCUUUUUUUAAAGGACUUUACUUAUUUAUUU